AUGCCACCAGGUGAGGCAGAUGAUAACAGUGAUGUCGAGGAAGAUGAGGGGAGGAAGAAACAAAUGCUGCAAGAGCAGUCACUCCACAAGUACAUGGACUGCGACAUCGUCUUCAAUUUACUAACAUUCACUUUUAAGGGAACUGAUUCCGACGUGACGGUUGCAGGUGCACGGUGGAACUCUGCAUCGCCGUCUCUUCCACAGGGAACUGAUUCCGACGUGACGGUUGCAGGUGCACGGUGGAACUCUGCAUCGCCGUCUCUUCCACAGGGAACUGAUUCCGACGUCGCGGUUGCCGGUGCACGGUGGAACUCUGCAUCGUCGUCUCUUCCACAGGGAACUGAUUCCGAUGUGGCGGUUGCAGGUGCACGGUGGAACUCUGCAUCGCCGUCUUUUCUACAGGGAACUGAUUCCGAUGUGGCGGUUGCAGGUGCACGGUGGAACUCUGCAUCGUCGUCUCUUCCACAGGGAACUAAUUCCGACGUGACGGUUGCAGGUGCACAGUGGAACUCUGCAUCGCCGUCUCUUCCACAGGGAAUUGAUUCUGACGUGACGGUUGCCAGUGCAUGGUGGAACUCUAAGGCUGCUGCAACACACUGAAACAGAGACAGAUAUUUUAUAUUAUUCAAAAUUAUUUUAAUAAAACUUGUCGUGUACGUAUUUUCAAACUGUUUAGGUUAUAGUUUUGUUUUCAUUAUUUCUUUUCUUAGUUCUGUGUAAACAUUGCCGUUUCACUUUUAAUUAUAGUUUCUCUUAAUGUUAGACCUAAGGUAGUACUAAACCAAAUAACUUCCGACUGGCUCAAAGUUCGAGGGGCACCCAACUUUUGAUAGAGAAGUGACCAGCCGAAAAUGUUUGUAAUGACGUGUUACGGCUUGUAUGGAGGCGCAUAAAGGCCACAUAAUAUUAA